GAAGAAAUUUCCAAAUUAGCCCAGGCUUAUUACGAAGCUAGCUCAGAUGAUAUACGGAAGUUAGCUCGGGACUUCUUUGAAGCAAUGGACAAUAACGGGGAUGGCAAGAUAGGCAUAAAAGAGUACUUGGAGUUUAUGAAAGAUGAAGGCUAUGAUCAAAUGAUUAAUUUCUCAUUCUUCAACCAACUUGACAUCGACAGAAAUGGUACUCUCGACUUUUUUGAAGUCAUGACAGUCUACUAUAUUGUUAGGAGCGGAAGGCCGUUUUGUGAUUGUUGUAAGAAAUUUAUAACCUCUACGUAUUUAUCGUGUGUCGGGUGCUUUGAAGAUCCAACUGGAAAAUCCUUUUACCUUUGCCUCGAUUGCUAUUGUAGGAAAAAAUGUUCUCACACUCACAAUGGUUUGUCACGCUUCCUGGACAAUUAUACUUUGCUUGAAGCUAUGAAAAAGUUAAAAUCGAAUGAGCUAAGAUCACCCGAAACAAGUUCCAGACGAUGUGAAACAGUCCCGGUUACAGAUACUCGUAACGCAAUUGUCCCUCGUUCGCAACAUGUGGCGACAACUUUAGGAAUACUCAACUCAGCAGUCAGUAUUGCCAACGUAGUAGCUGGAAGUAGUUUAUGUUCAAUCUUAUGAUCGACGAAAUACAUAGGCCAAAGUGGCAUGAAAAGUAUUCACGUUCCGUAUCUGUAUGAGUGUGAUGUCAGUUUAUGUGCUUCUAUAAAGAUUGCUUAUUUAAGUAUCUAUUCAUUUACUUUUUUUCU